ACAUGCGCCUAUGAGGGCAACGCGUUGAGGAGAAGUUUCCCUAGAACUACCUUCAUUGUCAGCGUGAAGAAAGAUUUUGGCCUGGUGGUAUGAACGAGUCGGCAAACUAUCCUCCGCCCGACUUUGGCUCUCCUCCUUCGAAUUCCUUCCAGUCGUUCCAGCAGCAGCAGUCGCACUCGAGUAGCUUCCAUCCCACCAUGUGGAGCUGGAGCGAAACGCCUACCGAACACAGUUGGGGCUGCGACAGUAAUGUUGGCAGGCACCACGGGUCAGCGGCAAGUUAUGGGUUCUCAUCAAACCGUGGAAACCACGGACCUACACAUACAUACGGUCAAAACUUUAGUCAUGAAUGGCAUCGAGGUGGACAUCAAAGCUACCGAGCUCCCAGCCAUCAUGGAAAAAAGAAAAACAGGAAAGAACCAGAGUAUUCCCAUUUUUGUGACACCUGCGACCGGGGCUUCAAAAACCAGGAAAAGUACAAUGAGCAUGUCUCUCAGCAUGUCAAGUGUUCUGUGGCUGACUGCAGCUUCAUGGCCCAUGAAAAACUUGUCAGCAUACACUGGAAAAAUAACCAUGCACCAGGAACUAAAAGAAUCAAACUGGACACACCGGAGGAGAUUACUAAAUGGAGAGAGGAGAGGCGCAAAAACUAUCCAACACUUGUGAAUAUUGAGAAGAAGAAAAAAGUCCUGGAGGUGCGGGAGGAAACAGGAGCUGUCCUGGAAACAGCUCAGUUUGGACGAAUGAGAGGAAGAGGCAGAGGUCGUGAUUGGAAAAACAGAGGAUUCCAAGGGCGACAUCUGAGACGGCCACACUCAUCGGACUGCAGUGUUACAGAGAAGCCUAAACCACUCACCCACCCAUGCAGGGACGGGGAUCCACUCGGAGCACUAGCCACUAGUGACCAUGAUUCUGAGAGAGAGGAGUCCAGGACCAGUGGCUUGGUUGUGGCCCCUAAGAAGAUGAGCUCAGCUCUGGGAUCCCUAGUAGCAAACUACGGAUCCAUGACCGAAAGUGAUGAUGAACCAGCCACACCCAUUCAGAGAGGUAAGGAGCUGGUGCAAGAGAACCAGGACCUUCUAAACUUAAUACCACCCAACCCUCAGGAGAGGGCACCUGCCAGGGGUAGAGGGGCUUUUUUACAGAAUGCAGACAGACAGAAAAUAGUUCAAACAGAUUCCAGACUUCACAUGCCCAACAACAAAGGAGGAAGAGCGGGACGAGGAAGACUACCACAGUCACAUCGCCCCACUUUGCUUGAGAUGUUACUGGCUCCAGAUAUCCGACACGAGAGGAAUGUCCUCCUGCAGUGUGUACGCUACAUUGUCAGAAACCACUUCUUUGGGCUGGAGAGCAGAUGUCACAACCAGGAGAAAACUGGAAACAAGGGCACAGCAUCUGUUACAAAUGGAGAGCAUGAAGGAAGAUGGGAAGAAUCAUUAGAGAAAAUCCAAGUUGCGUCCCCGUUUGCCUUCUUGAUUAGUAGUGAGGGACAUUCAGCAGUCCUGGAUGUUGGCAGUACGGAGGGUUUAGUUACUAGUGAAGUUUCUGCAGUUAAGCAAGCUCCUUGUAUACUGAAUCACCAAGGGUCUACACGAGGACCUAAUGAACCUACUGUGGAGUCUUUAGGAAGUGUUGGUGAUUAUACAGGUGAUUUCAUCCCAAAUACUGAGGAGACAACAGCCAGUGAUGUAAACCAUCCGGAUGUGUCCUCGAAGGAUGGGAUCACAUGUAUCUCAAAUAUGUAUGAUGAUGAAAUAUGGGAGAGCCCCAGUGUUCAAGUGUGAAAGACCCAAAAUAGUCGGUCUUAUUUUGUCCUAAACAUAAAACUGAGAUAUGUCAUUCCAAAUAUGAAUGAAGAAUUUCUGUGGACAGGAAUGAUUUUUUUUUUGUUUGAUAUGAGUUUAUUAUGUAAAGACAGACUGUCUUGUAAAAUAAAUCACAUGAUUUGUAGUGAUGAAUUCUGAAUCUUUAUCUUUUCAGUGUUUGACUAUCAAUAA